AUUUUAUCAUGUACCUUUCUUAAAAGACUUAAUUACGAUUAGCAAAUUUAAUAAAUACUAUUGCAGAAGCAGAGAAAGAAACAGAAAAAAAUAGAUAAGCAUUGGCUAAACAGGAAAAAUUUGAACCUUACACAGCUUUUAAAAGGUUAGAUUAAAUGAGAACUGGAGAAUUAACUACUUCGGAUUUGGUUGAUUUUUUAAUAGACAAUAAAAUAAAUGCAUCAUAAGCAUAAGCUGAAUAUUUAAUGAAGAAAUUAGAUUAGAAUAGAGAUGGUAGAAUCACUUAUCCAGAGUAAAGCAAUGUUCUUAUGAGUCUAGUUUUGUUAAGGCAAUAUUACCAAAAGAGGACUCAAGAUUGAGAUAAACUGCAUCCCUAAGAGAAUCCUACUCUUUAGAAAAAAAUAUGUUAUUACCUACAGAAGUAGAAUGGGGGCUUUCAAGAGUCUUUUACUAAGAAAUUUAAAAUUAUAAGUAUAUUUUUACUUAUUUUGUUUAGCUCAAUUUUAACUUCUCAAGAAAUUUUAUCAAAUAGUGCAGAUUUUACAUCUCUUGAUGCAUUUAGAUGUAUAGAUAAAGAAUUUUUAGGAUAUAUUACAAUUGAAACGUAAGAUAAUUUUAUAAAUUCUUUAGACUUAAAGAGUUCUUAAAUUCAAAUGGAGUUAAAUUAUCUUCUGAUGAUUUGCUUGCUUUUUUUAGAGUUGUAGAUUAAGAUUUAGAUGGAAAGAUAAAUUAUUCUGAAUUGCUUUAAGCAAUAACAUUUACUCCAGAUUAUUUUUCAUAAGAAAAGUAAUUUGUAGAUGAAUUAAGAAAGAGUAGAGAAAGAAUUAUUCAAUUAGAAUUAGAAAAAGAAGAAAUUAAUAAUCUCAGGAAAAGUAGAUUAAGAGAGGAAGAUCUUAAAAAAAGCAGAGAAUAUUACUUAUAAUAAGAAGAUCUUAGAAAAAGCAGAGAAAAAGUUGAAUAAUUGGAAAAAUUACAAGAAAGUCGUGAAAGACUAGAAGAUCUCAAAAAAAGUAGAGAGAGAUUGGAGGAGUUAAAAAAAAGUAGAGAAUAAUAAGAAGAUUUAUAAAAUAGUAGAGAGAGAUUGGAGGAAUUAAAAAAAAGUAGAGAAAGAUUAGAUGAUUUAAAAAAGAGUCGUGAAAGAUUAAAUUAGUUGGAAGAGUUAAGAAUUAGCAGAUAAAAAAUAGAAGAAUUAAAUGAAUUGAAAAAAAGUAGAGAAAGAUAGUUUUAGAUUGAAGAAUUAAAGAAAAGUAGGGAACGUCUUGAAGAUUUAAGAAAGAGUAGAGAAAAACUUUAAUAAUUGGAAAAUGAAAGGAAAAAUAACGAGAAAAUGUAGGAACUAAAGAGAUCUAGAGAAAGAAUUGAAGAGCUUUAAUAAUAAAGAAAAAGAAUGGAAGAAUUAAGAAAUUAUUAAGAGAGGUUAGAAUAAUAAAAAAGAGAAAAAGAAGAGAUGGAUUUAAAAAGAAGUUAAGAAAGAAUAUAGGAGUUGAAAAAGAGUAGAGAGUUAAUAAAUUAGAUUGAAGCUUUAAGAAGUAGUAGAGAAUAAGUAAGAAUGAUACAAGAGAUGAGAUAGAGCAGAGAAAAAGUAGAAUAAAUUAGAGAAGCUGAAUUAAGAAUUUUACAAUUAGAAAAUUAACGUAGAAGUAUAGAGAGAAGUAGAGAAUUAGAGAAAAUAGAAAGAGAUUUAGAAUAUGAAAGAUAAAGAAGCUAAGAAAGAAUAUAAAAAUUAGAAUUAGAAGCUGAAAUAUAAAGAAAAUAAAGAGAAAGAACUUUAGAAGAUGAAAUUAAUUUAGUUUAAAGUAGAAUUUAUGAUACACCAAAGAGAAGAUAUUGA